GCGGGGUUACUAGCUCACUCUGUUGGUACGAACAGUCGUGGAAUGUAGCUUACUCUUCUUCAACACGUUGGAAAUUAAUAAGAUACAUUUGCGCAUGCUUCGCUCCAAGCCAGACAACAGUUAGAUAUUUGCCCUCCUCAGACAGACCAGUCAUCAUCAUGGGAACGAGUCUAUCCAAAGGUUCCUAUGGUUUCUCUAAGAAAGGUCAAGAUGGUAUUUCACCGUUGGAUGAUCCACCCAUACCGGCAGCACCCGAUCCUCGUCUCCCUCUCACUGCCAGGCAAAGGUUCAGCAUUUCCAAAUCGUGGAAAGGAAUAUCGAGAGCAAUGGAAUCUACCGGAAUCAAUAUGUUUAUUAAAUUAUUCGAAGAUAACGAAGACAUUCUACAUCUUUUUAAAAAAUUUCAAUACUUGAAAACACACGAACAACAAAGAGACAGCAUGGAGUUAGCCCAACACGCUUCUAUUGUUAUGUCAACUUUAGAUGAAGGAAUAAGAUCUUUAGACAAUAUGGAUUACUUCUUAGAUUACUUACAUUCUGUCGGAAAGCUUCAUCGGAAAAUUCAAGGCUUUAACAGAGAUUUAUUUUGGAAGAUCGAAAAACCAUUCCUAUCAGCCGUACAAGAAACAUUAGGAGAUAGAUACACGGAUAACAUGGACUCGAUUUAUAAAGUCACUAUUCGAUUUAUUUUAGAAACAGUAAUCAAAGGCUACGACAUGGCCGAAGAUGAGACAAACGGUACACCGAGUGAGGAAAACGACGUUUGACAACACGGUUAAAAAGAAGAAGAUGAGGAAAUCCAUCGAAAGCCUUGGAGAUGCCGUCCCAGGCGACAUUCUUUGUCCAUUCGUCGCCAUUUGAUACAAAUGUGUACGUGAUACAUGUUCGAAGUGACUGACAUCGAUAUCUUGUAUACAAUGAACGUAAUCAGUUGUUAGUUGUAUCAAUGACCCUGUUCCAGACGAACGUUUCUUCUUGGAUGUCGGUGGUGAUUCUUAGUACCGAAUGGACGACCAAAAUAUAUAUAAAUAAAUAUAUAUAUUAAACUGCAAAAAACUUCGAUGUAAAAUUCAAAUUCAUUGUGCCAUCUAUUUCAUCACGUUUAAGAAAAUAAAGAAAUUCCAUAUAGUGUC